ACGAGCAGAAUGAUUAACUUCAAGCGCUUGUAGCCCUAUUGGAAAAAGGGAGAGCAGAUUAAGUUUAUUACUGAGUGCCCGCAUUUCCCGCCCCCCUGGUUCGCCAUACAAAAUCACCUGCUCCAACCGUUUGACGACCACUGGACUACCACGCUUUAACGCAGAACACCACACAGUUCAAAACGAAAUCCGUUGAUAAGACCAACCAACCCGCGCAGAGUGCAAAAGGUCCAUUAGAUAACCGAGUGCGGCGUACGGGGUCUCGUCUGCUGCGAAUUCUACAUAACCUUUAACCCUCCCCCUCCCCAGCGAUUUUUGCAUGCUGCAGUUGCCGCAUAUUGGUGUAGGUCAUAUCGCGACGCGGAACCAUCUUGCGCAGACACAACAUUUGGUGCCGGGGAUGGACAACGGAAGCAGCUCGAUUUUCACCACCGGACUGGGCAGCACAUUGAUUGCUGCAGUUCCGGACUGGUUCGGAUGGAUGCAUAAUUUAUCGCUCCCCCUGUUGGUGCUGUUUGUACUGCCGUGGCUGUAUGUGUUAUUGAUUUUAUCGUCCAUUCCGUAUUUACAUCUUUGCAAUUUCCUCCGGUUGAAGUUCUGGAGGAAUGGCGAUGAAGAUGAAUUCUGGAACGCGGCUCGUCGACUGUUGGCAUUCGUUUGGAACCUUCAGAGCAGACUGUUUCAUGGCUAUGAAGUAAUCGGUCUGGAGAACCUACCCGAGACGGGGCCCGCACUGUUGAUCUACUAUCACGGUGCAUUGCCCAUCGAUAUGUACUAUCUAACGGCCGAUACGAUGCUGAAACGGAACCGUCUGAUCCACACGGUUGGCGAUCGGUUUCUGGACCACAUUCCCGGCUGGCGGCUCGUUUCGCGCGUUAUGAAGGUCACGUCUGGUUCGGUGCAGUCAUGCGUGGCAACGUUGCGUGCCGGUGAGCUGCUGUCGAUUGCACCGGGCGGUGUGUACGAGGCCCAGUUUGGUGAUAACGUGUACGAGGUGCUAUGGAAAAACCGAACCGGUUUCGCGAGAGUAGCGCUGGAAGCACAGGUGCCCAUCAUUCCCAUGUUCACGGUCAAUAUACGCGAAUGCUUCCGUACCGUGUCGGUGGCCAGAUGGUUGUUUGUGCGCAUCUAUAACGUGCUGAAAAUUCCCGUCCUGCCCAUUUAUGGUGGGUUUCCUGUGAAGUUGCGCACAGUGCUCGGUAAACCGAUACCGUACGAUGGUUCGCUGAGCCCGGUCGCACUGCAGGAGAAGGUAGGCGCUGCCAUUGCCGAGCUGGUACAAGAACAUCAGCGACUUCCCGGUGAAAUAUGGCAUGCCAUCGGUGAUCGAUUUCAACCGGUGCACGCGCAACGCAAGGAUGCCUAACUGCUGUAGCGCUGAUAUUAUGGAAGUAAGUUUAUCUUUUUUUAUCUGUCGAAUAAAAGAGUGGGUUUGGAACAAUGUUGA